AGAAAUUUGACAGGGUGACAGGAAAAAGAAAGGGAAAAGGAGAAAAUUUAGUAAGUGCCAGCCGUCAUAUCGUUGUUCAAACGAUGCUUUGAUGUCACCAGAUUCGAAAUCAGGACGAUUGCGUCAAGUUUUGUUUAAUGACGUGGCACGCUGCUAAUUGUCAGUCUGUAAACAGUAGCAAUGAGUGAAGAUUGCAGCAGUUGGCAGCUGUCACUCUCCUCACACUGGAAACACUCAGGUUUAUGAGAGCUCAGACUCCAGUCUUCCUCAUCAUGUUGUGUAACGCCUGGGCAUUGUGACAGUGAAUUGGUGCCAAUUCCAGCCAAUCAUGAACCAGGAGUCCUCGUGUUACUGCUGCGCCCGACCUUCCAGCGCUAAAGACAUGGACCUGGACGCCGCGCUUCACGAAUUGGACAUGCUCAGUACCUCAACAGAGAGCCGCAGACAGUUUCUCGCCGAAAGAAACCGGUCAAAGAGUGAAAGCGGCCCCAGUGCUGUUUCCAGAAAAGACGUCGCAGAGUCAUCCGGAUCGUCGUCAAAUGGCUAUGACAUUAUUCAGAUUAAUCCAACUUUUGUGACAGGAUUUAUGUCCGAGCUGGUGACACCCUGUAAGGAAAGGGUCAUGCCUAGUAGCUCCUCCCCCAAAGGCACAUCAGCCUACAGGGGUGCAUGCAGCAGUGGGUAUAUGCCGUGCGCUCUAGGGGGUAGUUACAGACAGGACCCGGACUCCUUAGAGUCUGAGGUGCGAAUGCAUCGUCUCGCGAGGAUCAAACUAGGAAGGCAGAGACGUUUCCGUAAGCCGUAUGAGGUGCCAUGGAGGUUACAUCACUCCCUGCCCCUCCCCGAGAUUCAGCCGCCCAUCUCGCCACGAGACCAUAGGCCGCCGGACUCAGGAGAAGUCAAGAUCGAAGCUCCGUCUUCGCCAAAGACUGUCACCCCCUCUAAGUCCAAUAACUCGUCCCCAGUCAAGAUAUCCAGUCUGGUCAUCCAUCGAUCCAAAUCUUUGGACGACCUUGACCUAGCCAAAUUGAAAAUCACCGAAUUUUCUCAGGACCAGAACUUUGUUUCACAGCGGCAGGAAAUAGACCAGAUGUCCCAAGACUUAAAAGAUUUACAAAUGAAAGAGUAGUUGAGAAGGCGUUGGUUUAGAAUAUGUUGUAUUUACGAUUCGUGGUUUCAGUGCUCUGGUAAUUUGGAUAUUUGUAUAAGUUAAUUUGUGCGUCAUUGUUUUAAUACCUCUACUAAGCAGAGUAUGAAUGGGAGACAAAACAUCCAUGGUAAAUUUAAAUCUGAACUAAAUUAAAUGAAAAUUAAUGUACUUAAUAUGAAAUUUUAGAUGUGACUGAUAUUUGGUCAUGUUUAUUUGCUUUCACGGUAUGACAUUGUUUUCACGAUGUUCAGUGUGAACACAAACUCGUAGAUUAGACUAGAUGUUGCAUGGCAUUAGCUGGACACGCCACAGAGGGUGCUAUGUUGUGCCCGCGGACUUUACAACAGCCACUAUCAAGCAGCAACAGGUUAGGUUUAGACUUGUCUGGUGGGAAAAAAUCGCCUGUAAUGAUACCAAAUUUCAUUGCCUGGUCGAAACCAAAAAAGACGCCCACACAGUCAGAAAAAGAAAUAAAUACCUGAACAUUUAUUGUUGAUGUUCAGGGUUUAUUUCACUGAAUAUGCAUUAUUGACCUGCCACCACUCUCACAUCCCCAUACAACUUUCUAAUGAGGGCACCACUGUAGAAGGCUAACUUGGGCUAUUAAAUUAAAAUACUCUCAGAUCUUAAGAAAGCUGAAAUCAGUGCCGUAUGUAUCAAGUUAUAGUAUCAAAAUUACGUAUGAA